UUACCUUGCCCGUGCUAGAUCUACCUGCCUUAGGGGUAGAUCUGUCCUGUCCACCUAACUGUUGCGACUUAAACCUGAUGCUUUGCAUCUGACGCAGCACAGUGGAAUUCACAACUGCUUUGCAACGCAACUUUUCAUCUAUAGGAUCUUCGGUCAGCAUGUUAACAUGUGGUCAAAUUAACCUAGUACAUCAGCCAACAUCUUGUUUCAUACUGUCUGUGUUAUUCUUUACUGCCCAUGUCUAUAUGAAUAUCAGAACGUGCUAUUGCGUACCCGUGUAAUGUGGUGUUAAUAAAUUAGGCUAGUCAUCGGCUUUUUGAGGGAAAAAGCGAAACAACAUAUUUGCAAAUGAAAAAUAAUCCGUAAAUACGUCCUUUCUUGGUGACCUACAAGCAAAUGCUGGAAAAUAAACUAUGUUAAAAAAAACCAAAUUCAACUCCAAAUUUGUAGUUGAAAAUUCAAAUUUUGGCCUAUAAGCAUAAGUGAAAAGACGAGGCUCUAGACACCCAACUAAUAAGAAAGUUUCAAAGUUAUGAAUGUCGAAACAUGGUUAUUAAUUGAUGCAGCAUCUUGUCACCAACGUGAAUGUAGAAACCUUUUUGUUUGUGGACUAUAGCAUAGAUGUGCUGCAUUGUAAACAACAUUAACUGCUCGUGUGCCACCAUAAAAAUGAUGAGUUUUUUAUUUACAUAUUUUUAUUAAAAUUUAACAAAAACAUAUUUUUAUUUAAAAAAUUGCAAAACUAGACCCCAGCGCUAGCUAGUGGGCGAUAUAUGUAGAGCGUUUACUAGCUGGACGUUGUGGGUCUAGUUUUGUAUAUCUUUUAGACAAAAAAAAUAGUUUUGUUAAUUUUUAAAGAAAAACAUAUAUAAAAAAUCUAGAAAUGAUAGGGAUAGAUGGAGAAAUAAAAUACAAGUUUAUGAUCACAAUGAAAUAGCUGGAAGAACUAAGCAUAUGAUGUAUACGUGUUGUUAAUCGAUAAGAUUGUAUAAGAUAGUUGAGAUUUAAAUCUUAAACCUGAAACUAACAGUAUUCAAGGAAAUACUCAAACAAAGCCAUUAGAAAUAUGCAGGCUAAGGUAUAGUUUGAAGGUGAACGAAAAAACAAAAGAUGAUCACGUAACUGUAACGUAUGAAUGGUAAAUCAAGUAUUACUUUUUUUCUUCAUGACGUAAGACAUUUUAAUCUUAAAUAUAUUUAUAUAGAUACUAAUUAAUUCACAAAUCAUUGUGGGAUGAAUCUAGCAUAAGAUCAAAAGUCAUUAUAAAAGGAAGUAGCUAUUAUAGUUUUUUUAAAAGAUUAAUACAAUUUUUUAAAUAACUUAUAUGUAUGUAAUUUUAAAAAGCACGCCGUUUAAUAAACCAUCUCUCUCACCGCCAAACGCUGCCUAAAACUACAAAUCAUUAAAUCAAUAUGGGUUUGUAGACUUUCAUAAGAAAAAUAACGGUUACCUCGGUACCGUUAUAACCACUGUAUCGCUGUUUAGCGGUGCUGUUUGCCUGUUUGGCAUGUUGGUGAGGAAAUGUUACGCACUACUGUUCAUGUCCUAUAUUAAAAGUAUUUAAUUAUUAAUUAUUCUAUUACGAUUUAAUUUAUUACUGUAGACUUUACAAUAACUUAUAAUUCUGUAUUAUACAUUAAUUUAAAUAGGACAAUCCAUAUAAAUCAAUAACAUCAAAUUAAAAAAGAUACUAACCUAAAGAGGGAGCGGUGGCUAAUAGGAAUAGCAUGGCUGUUAGUAGCUUGUCAUUGUCAGACGUAACAUGGGUAUGGGUAGGCAAAUAAAGUAGUAGACCUGCUAAUGUUGCUUAUGUGAUGUGAUUGUAUGUACAACUAGGGAUUUAGUACAACAGGGGGUGUUUAGGUGGGAAAGACAAAGUGUGGGUCCCACAUGUCAUGCACAGGCUCCUGGGCCUGGCUCACAGGCAAGCGGCAGCGCACUACGGAAGGGAAGCACUCUCCACGGCUCCGCCGUCUCUCCGCUGUACGUUCCCCCUUCCCCUUCCGACCAAGGCCAACCGGCCACCGCCCGCCGCCGGCGCUUCCAUGAACAUGAAACCUCCGCGGCGCCGCUGUGGUUUACUCGCGGUGCUCGUUGCUCUCAUCGUCCUCGCCUCCCUCCAGAUCCAGUUCCACCACCUCAAGGAGGACCGUCUUGCCGGGGACCUCACAUUCGCCACCACCACCACCACCACCACCGACCGCCUUCACUGGCGGAGAAAGAGGACCGGCGCCGAGGGCCAGCUGCCACGUGGCAUUGUUCACUCCCACUCCGACAUGUAUCUCCGCCCGCUCUGGGACUCCGGUGCCAACCCCAAGAAUAAAAACGAUAACCACAAUGCUCUUUUGGCAAUGGCAGUAGGCAUUUCACAGAUGCAGAAUGUAGACAUUAUGGCCCGUAAGUUUCUUAACCAAAACUACACAGUCAUGCUCUUCCAUUACGACGGGAAUGUAGAUGGAUGGCGAAAUCUUGAGUGGAGUGAUAAGGCCGUUCACAUACUUGCUCACAACCAAACAAAGUGGUGGUUUGCUAAGCGUUUUCUACAUCCUGAUGUUGUGGCUAUCUACAAUUUUAUCUUUCUAUGGGAUGAAGACCUUGGAGUGGACAACUUUGACCCUAGAAGAUAUCUUGAUAUAAUGGUUUCUGAAGGAUUGGAAAUUACACAACCUGCUCUCGACCCUGAUCUAUCGACUGAUAUUCACCAUCGGAUCACAACUCGCAACAAGAUGACAAAAGUUCAUAGGAGAAUAUAUGAUAACCGUGCAAGUAUGAAUUGUUCUGAUGAAAGUAAAGGACCUCCAUGCACAGGGUGGGUCGAGGGCAUGGCACCAGUUUUUUCUCGGAAUGCUUGGAGAUGUGUAUGGCAUUUGAUUCAGAAUGACCUUAUCCAUGGAUGGGGCCUUGACAUGAAGCUUGGUUAUUGUGCUCAGGGUGAUCGGGCUGAGAAGGUCGGUGUAAUCGACAGUGAGUAUGUUGUUCAUCAAGGAAUACCAUCGUUAGGAGGACCAUCACUCAGCAGUAAGACACCUCGGAGAUCUUUGGAUUUACGGACUCAUAUUAGAAGACAAUCGUCAGCUGAGCUGGAAAAGUUUAAACAACGCUGGAACAUAGCUGUAAGGGAAGAUGAAGAGUGGACAGAUCCUUUUGAAGCUUGAUUACUUUGAAAGAAUAAUCCGAUACAAAGAUACAAGCCCACCUCACAUGGAUGUUACUGGCCAGUCCACAUUCAUUGCAAUAAUUGGACUCGAGAUCAUCUCACAUGGCAAUCUGUUGGGUUCAUAACAAACAGUUUGUUUUAGGCACUUUCCUGACUUACACUCCAUUACGCCCUCAAGAGGUGAAGAGCCAUUGCAUACGAUAGCAUCAACACAAGGAGCAACUGAGGGAGGGACUUUUAAGUUGAGGGAGCAACCCAAACUAACCAGAUACUUAAUACAAUGUCUUGUAACUCUAUUCCCCAUUUUACUAGGGGUGUAUAGUGAUAUCAAUACAUACUUGUGCAGUUGUCUUAAUAAUAAUUCUUAAAGAACAAACUAUGCAUAAAUGCAAUACCUCAAUGGUGGAGCUGAACUCUGAUUUGUAACGCUAUAAAAGAUAUAGUUAUGCUAAACCCUCAAGGAUCUUCAGGAGCAAUCUACUGAUGAUAGUGCCUGAUAACAGGCUUCCCUGUCUGUAUUGAAAAUGCAUGAUUAUUGUACUGAUUUGGUAUGGUACGCCAAGGACUUUGCUCUCCUAUGGUUUAUGUAUGAACACUCUUUUGAAUGGUAACUACACUUUUAAGACAUCAUCACAGUUGAGACUUAAAGACUAAUCAUUUUUUUCCUUUUGAAUUGAACAGAGUAACUUGAGUUGAAAGAUCGAUUCUUGGAGUGAUGACAGCACAUGACAGUACUCAUCUAUCUUUUGGGAUGCCGUGUCAUAUGAUUGUGCCAUGAAUCUUGGUAUGUAUGUAUUUGGUCUUAUGAAACAACAUCCCACUUGCAGUUGCAGGGGUAAAAAAUCCUGAAGUAGAGCAACCCAUAUUUAUUUCUAAAUUUUACAACUAAUUGAUUUGAAGGACCCUUGCAUGAUGUAAUUUCGAGUCUAAUAGUUCCAACUCUGCCCUAUUUGUGUAGUAUCCUGUCCACUUUCUGCCCGAAGGUUUUCUAUAGUUGGGUUUGUCAAGAAUCCAUAUCUUCCACCUCAAAGCAUAAUACAUUUAUGAAU